GGUUAUCUAAUUAGUAGUUAAAUCGAAAAUAAGCGGGACUAAAUAAUUAGCACACGAAUUAAUAAUGAGUUUCAAUGGAGCCUAUUCCGCCCCACGAGGUUAUGACCUUCGUGCCCCGUACAAUGUCGCUGGUGGCGAAAUAAGCCUGCUCAGAGUCGUCUCUCCAUUCUCUGUGUCCAGCACGCAGAAGGACACAGUAGUUGAGGCUUUGUCGUCACGAUACAGGUCCAGAACUCAGAAUCCAGCAGGAUUUCCACAUCUUUCCCAGACUCGAACGUAUCAUCAUGUCGUUGGGAUGGACGAAUGUUCCGGAAACAUAAAAUUAUUCCCUGUCCAAAAUCAACAUCCGAGGUUUGGAGAGUUGGUAUUAGAAAAGCUAUACCUCAAGAACUCGAGAAUCAAGUAAUAGACAAUCCUCCCACAACGCGACGACGCUAUGCGCCACAAAAUUACCGAUUUUCAUGAAAAAUUCAUCUCUCUCAUUCAAAAUUCUCAAUUGUAAACCCCUAAAAUUCUCUGUAACAUCAA